AUGUUGUUACCUUUCACAAUAUUUCUAACAUAUUCCAUAUUAGAUUCUGUAACUUGCAAAACUUCCAACAUAAUUCCACUAACUUAUGAUCUACUCUUCAAAUUACCGAUUAUUGAUUUCAAUGGAUUUAGUGGAUCCAUGGUUUUGCAUUUCAAUUUGACUAGCCUGAGCCAGAAUAUUUCGUUGGAUUCCGUGGAUUUGCAUAGCUUCAAGAAUAUUUCUCUAAUAAAUACAAUUGAUUUGAGUCAUCCGAAAAUUGAUUCAAUUCGCAUUUUGAGGGAAAAAGUCGAGUUCACUUUUGAGAAAUCGCUGUUUCCUGGACAAUAUUUAUUGACUGUUGGUUAGUUGGAAAUUCUGAAUUUUGUCAAGGAUUGGAGCCCAGAGAGCCCAGGUCUCAAGCUUCCGCGUCUAGAGAACCUAAUCGUCUAGGAGCCGCGCCUAGAGAACCUGGUUUUCAAGCAGCCGUGUCUAGAGACACUGGUCUUCAAGCAGCCGUGCCUAGAUCCAAUUUUCAAGGAUCAGAGCCUAGAAGACCUGAAUCUCAAGCAGUCACGUCUAGAGAGCCCUGUUCUCAAGCAGCCACGCCUAGAAAAUCUAACUGUCAAGGAUUGAAGCCUAGAGAGCCUAGUUCUUAAGCAGCCGCGCCUAGAGAACCUAGUCUUCAAGUAACCGCGCCUAGAAAAUCCAAUUGUUAAGGAUUUGAGCCUAGAAGUCCUAGUUCUCAAGCUUCCGCGCCUAGAGACCCUAGUUUUCAAGCAGCCGCGCCUAGAAAAUCUAACCUGUCAAGGAUUGGAGCCUAGAGAGCAUAGAUCUCAAGCAGCCGCGUCUAGAGAACCCUGUUCUCAAGUAGUCACGUCUAUAGAGCCCUCUUCUCGAGCAGCCGCGUCUAGAAAGUGUGGUCUUCAAGCAGCCACGCCUAAAGAGCCUUAUUUUCAAGCAGCCGCGCCGAGAGAGUCCAAUGGUCAAGGAUCAGAGCCUAGACAACCUAGUUCUCAAGCAGCCGCGUCUAGAGAACCUGGUUUUCAAGCAGCCGCGCCUAGAGAACCUUAGGCUUGACUUCAAUCAAACUCCAGAGUUCCAACCUCUUCAGAUCUGUAGCUCAGAACUUCAGAAAAAUUCAAAACAGGCCUGUGGCGGAAAAUUGAAACGCGGAAAAUCCGGAAAUUCGGAAAAUUUCGAUAUUUUUUGAACCGGAAAAUCCGGAAAAAAUUUUGAAGAUAUUACUAUUAAAAAUCAUUGUCCCGAAAAAUGGAAAAUUGAUUUUCCGGAUCCCAAAAAAAUUUCCGGCACAGGUCUGAUCCAAAACAUUCACAGGUGAAUACAACGGUCGAAUUCGCGACGGUUCCGAAGGACUUUUCGAGCGAAAAUCACCGCUUCUCUACACAACACAUCUUCAACCCAACUUUGCUCGCCGCCUUUUUCCAUGCAUCGAUUCGCCGGCUGUCAAAAGUAUAUUCCGGGUUUCAGUGGUCCAUCCAACUGACACAGUGGCUCAAUCAAAUACAAUAGCGAUGGAUGUUCAUGUAAGUCAAGCAUCCGCGCCUAUAGAACUUUAUUGUCAAGGAGCCGCGCCUUGAGAGCCUAGGAUACAUAGAGAAAAAGAAAAACACUUGAAAAAUGCACGGAGAGUUGAAAGAUUCAAUGAGUUAUCGUGUUACUUUUUGAGAAAAGUGUUUACUUUUCGGACAGUGAAUUGGAAUGAAAUGAAAAUGAAAUUCCGAUUUUUGAACCAGAAUAAAAGUUGCCAAAAAUAUUUUAUGGUUUCUAUGUUAAGGGUCGGAUCCUAGAGAGACUUGUUCUCAAGGAUCCGUGUCUAGAGGGAGUCUAUGUCAAGUAGCCAUGCCUAGAAAAUUCAAGUGCUAAGGAUCGGUGCCUAGAGAGCCUGGUUUUCAAGGACCCGCGCCUAUAGAACCUAAUUGACAAGGAGCCGAGCCUAGAGAUCUAAGAUGACAAGGAGCCACGCCUAGAGACCCACCAAGGCAAGGAGCCACGCCUAGAGAAUCUUGUUUUCAAGUAGCCACGCCUUGAGAUGAAUUUCUAGAAUUGAGGUGUCAAGUAGCGACGCCUAGAAAAUUCAAGUGCUGAGGAUCAGUGCCUAGAGAGCCUGGUUUCCAAGGACCCUCGCCUUGAGAGCUUCUACGGCAAGGAGCCGCGCCUAUAGGACCUGAUUGUCUAGGAGACGUGCUUUGAGAGCCUUCUAUGUCAAGGAGCCACACCUGUGAAACUAUAGUUUUCAAGGAGCCACGCCUACAGAACCUUAUUGUCUAGGAGACGCGCCUUGAUAUCCACCAAGGCAAGGCGCCACGCCUAGAGAACCUUGUUUUUAAGCAGUCACGCCGAGACAGUCUAGUUCCUAAGUAGCCGCGCUUAGAGAACCUUGUUUUCAAGUAGCCUCUGCUAGAAAAAUCAGUUGACAAGGAGCCAACCCUAGCGAUCCACCAAGACAAGUAGCCGCGCCUAGAGAGCUUCUACGGCAAGUAGCCACCCCUAGGAACUAUUUUUCUCAAGUGGCCCUAGCGAACCUAAUUUUCUAGGAGCUGUGCCUAGGCGUCCUAAAAAUCAAAAAAUCGGCCUUCAAAAGUCCAAAACCCAUCAAUUCUUGCAGAUCGAAAGCAAAGAAUGGCAACGAACAAUUUUCUCAGCCACCCCACAAAUUCCAGCCUAUCUUCUCGCAUUUUCAGUCAUGCCCGACACAACGUUACAGGUAAAAAAGGGAUGAUUUUUGCACAAAAAAAACAGAAAAAAAUGAACAACAAAAAGAAGAAGAAAAUGGAAAAUUACUACAGCUAGAAGAGACGGAAAAGAAAAAGACAAAAUAAACAAACAAACAAGCUUGUUGUUGUUGUUUUUGUUGUUGUUUACGAUCUUUUUUCUAGCUAGUUUUUGAGGGUUCCCAAAAAAAAAAAAAAAAAAAAAAAAAAAAUUCUGCCCUCACCCGAACUCGAACCCUUCACCUUUUGACUCAUAAUAUCGAAGUUAUUUAGACCAGACUACAGAAAGUUCCGAUUUCUGUUAGAAUUCAAAAACUAAAAAUUCUUGAUUCAUCCAGAAAUUUAUUUUUGAACCUUAUGUGCCUAUAAUAUUUUGUAAUUUAAAAAAAACAUGAUUUUUUCCUAUUAUUUUUGAGUAGAGACAAUGUAAAAUUGAGAGAGUGCAGACAGAAAAAUUGACUUUUCUGUCUGCACUCUCUCAAUUUCACAUUGUCUCUACUCAAUGACAUUUUUCUGUAUAGGAAAAAUCAUGUUUAAAAAUUUGGCCAUGCACUGCCUCCCCAAAUCUACGUGUGUGUGGAAAAACGAAAAAUGUCUGGCACGCUCUCGCAAACACACACUCUCUCGCACACAACUUUUUACUUUUAUUUCGCGAAAACAGUGCAUAUUAGGAGCUGAUUUUUAUGUGUUUUUCAUCGGAACCACAAUAUGUGUUAUACAUAGUUCGAAAGAGAAUUUCUUCGGCUACAAACACAUAUGAAAUGUUAUAAAUGAAACCGAGAUAAAAAAUAAAAAUUUCAUGCAAACAUGACAUGGUUUUUUUGAAUUGGGUGAAAAACGCAUGUGUUUUUUGAUGACCUGGCUUAUUUUUUGAAUAUCGAAUAUAUGUAUAAUCGAGUCGUAGUUUUGUUCAGAAUCUCAAGGGCUUUCAGAUGGUAUAAAUCAAUAUUUAUGAAAUUGUGAAAUCAUGGAGGAGUAGGGAUUUUUCGUUUGUCAAUUUUUAAAACGAAAUUUUCAUUUUCAUUUGAAAAGAACUCGAAUGAAGUUUACAUACGUUUUGAAGAGAAUUUCUCGGGCUUCAAAAUCAUAUAUAUUUCUAUACACAAAAAUGGAAAUUGAAAGCACCGCUUUCGGUUGAAAACUUGUUGGGUUUGCACCAAACAAACAAACCGCGUUCAGUAGCGUUGCGAAAAACAGCGGUGAGUUUUCAACCGAAAGCGGUGCUUUCAAUUUCCAUUUUUGUGUAUAGAAAUAUAUAUGAUUUUGAAGCCCGAGAAAUUCUCUUCAAAACGUAUGUAAACUUCAUUCGAGUUCUUUUCAAAUGAAAAUGAAAAUUUCGUUUUAAAAAUUGACAAACGAAAAAUCCCUACUCCUCCAUGAUUUCACAAUUUCAUAAAUAUUGAUUUAUACCAUCUGAAAGCCCUUGAGAUUUUGAACAAAACUACGACUCGAUUAUACAUAUAUUCGAUAUUCAAAAAUAAGCCAGGUCAUCAAAAAACACAUGCGUUUUUCACACAAUUCAAAAAAACCAUGUCAUGUUUGCAUGAAAUUUUUAUUUUUUUAUCUCGGUUUCAUUUAUAACAUUUCAUAUGUGCUUGUAGCCGAAGAAAUUCUCUUUCGAACUAUGUAUAACACAUAUUGUGGUUCCGAUGAAAAACACAUAAAAAUCAGCUCCUAAUAUGCACUGUUUUCGCGAAAUAAAAGUAAAAAGUUGUGUGCGAGAGAGUGUGUGUUUGCGAGAGCGUGCCAGACAUUUUUCGUUUUUCCACACACACGUAGAUUUGGGGAGGCAGUGCCAUGCCUCUGCGUCCCUAACAGCCCAUUGAGCAGAGAAGCAAAGUCAAAGGCGGGUCUCGCAGCGACUAUACUGGCAAACGACCGCAACGCACACGCAUCGCGGCGGGUAUAAAUGACAUUUUCAGGUUUUUUUAAGCAAAUCAAGAAUUUUUAGCAUUUGAAUUCUAACAGAAAUCAAAAAUUUUUAGAAGAUUUGAAAAUUUCGCCAUUUUUUAAGUCAUAAACACUUUCAAGUUUUUACUUUUGAAAAAAAAAGCGGCAGUUUCCUAAGAAAUUUAAGUGAAACUUUCAGAAAAAUGAAAAAAAAUGCAUUAUACGCAAAAUUACGACCCGAACCCUCUGAUAAAACUUGAAAAUACCAACCUUUUUCACCCGUUCCUCAUAAGCAUCCUCGCCAUAAUGCAAUCACUCCGAUUUCCCGAGGUCCAUGAGCAAUUUUGAGUCCUAAAACAAAAAUAUAUGAAAGUACAAUUUAGCAACAAGAACGUUCACCUCACCUUUUUCAUCCAUUGAAACAUCAAAAAAACAGAGAAAAACUUUGAAAAACGAGAAAAAAUGAAAAAUAGAAGAGAACCCGCUAAACUAGGGGCAAGCGCAAAAAGCGGAGUGUUGUUUGCAAAUACAUUUCAUAUAUUAUCAAAGUAAAAAAAUUUGGCAAAAAAAGAGAAGCCAGAAAUUCAAAUCCCAAUUUCCCCAAGUACGGUAUUCCUCUGCGUCACUAACACCGUUUCGAGACCACACCAUUGGGCAGAGAAACAAAGUCAAAGACGCACAUAUGGGUCUCGCAGCGACUGGCAGAAACACCGUACUUGGGAAGAAUGACAUUUGAAUUUCUGGGCUCCGUUUUUUUGCCAAAUUUUUUUAUUUUGAUAAUAUGCAAUUGCCCGCCGUUUUUGCAGUUAUCUCGCCAAACCUCAUUCGGAGUCACGGUACGAGUGCACGGCGCAAAACGAGCAACAACAAUUCGAGUUUUGGAUUGUGCUCUGGCGAGUUUUGAAAUCCUUGCUGGCUUGGUGGAUGUUCCACUUCCACUCAAUAAAAUCGAUUUCAUUCUCGUUCCACAAUAUGAUGGAGGAAUGGAGAAUUGGGGGCAUAUUGCGAUUUCGGAGGAGUUGGCGGUGAAUGGCGAUGAUGCUCAUAUGAUUUAUUUGGUGAGUUUUUGGAGCCCCCACCUAUAUUCAGGGGUCCCUAACACUAGUUUGAAAGACCCACGCAUGUCCCCACCAAUAGUAGGUGGGGGUACAUAGAGCAUUGGGGACAUACCACGCCCAGGGUGAGGGGUUUUCAAAGUGGUUCAUAAAAAAUUUACGAAAAUUCACCUCGUCAAUUUGAGAUUUUCUUGAAAAACAGAAUGAUAUAAAUUUUGAUGACUUUAGGUUAUCCAUAAGUGAUUUAGCGAGGUUUAGUCGAUAAGGUCGCUAAAUCACUUAUGGAUAAGGUAAAGUCAUCAAAAUUUAUAUCAUUCUGUUCGUCUUAGACCAUUCUAUCAUAUGAAUAACAUUAGAAACCAAUAUUUCACCUCGCCAAAAAAUUAAAAACCUACACCGUCAAUUUUCAAAGUUAGUCAUCAGUUAUAAUGUGAGUGGGGGCUGAUUCCACGUUUUGCAGGCAAACGUGUGUUUGAAGCCCCAAUAAUUCAAUUAAGAGCCUAGAGCCUUUGAUGGUCCCCUUGUCGUGAUGCUAUUCGCAACCCCACCAAGACCCCCCUGGUCAGCCUCCCCCUGGUGUAGAUGAAGCCCCCACUUUCGUACUCGGGUAUAAACAGUUAUACCGGCGUAAAUUUUUGUCCCCCACCCACAAAUAAGAGACCCAUUGAUAAAAACCCACCUUUCAUUCAGAUUUUUUCAAAAAAUCCUGGUUUUUGGAUAGAAUAUAGACAUUUAGAUAGAACCACCGUUUUCUAUUUCGAUUGGAAAAAUAAAUGAGCGAUAUACUUACACAAAACAUUUUUUGGCAUUCUCGAACACGUUGUUCAGGGCACGUUCUUUUAAGAAGCACAUUUUUUUAUUUAAUUUGAACAAAAUGUCGGAAAUGUUUUGUGAGCAUUUUUGAAUGAGGGGGGUUUGUAAAGCUUUAUGGUGGGGUAUCAAAACACGGUGGGGCAUUUAACUCUGAUGGUGAGAGGUUAAAAUGCAAUUUACCAAAAUACCUUGCAGAUUGCUCACGAAAUCGCUCACCACUGGAUAGGAAACCGUGUCACAGUCUCCUCGUGGCAAUACAUUUGCCUUCAAGAAGAUCUCGCCGAUUGGCUCGCUCUGAAAGCCGUCAAAGCUCUGCUCACCGACGAAAUCAAACUGCAACGUUUCCAACUUUCGCAGUACGUCGAAAUUCAAUUAGUCGAAGAUUUUCUGAGUCCAAAUCAUUCUUUAUUGAUGCCAGAGGAGGUGAAUCAAGAAUUGAUCAAUCGACAUUGUUAUUUGAAGGGUGUUGUAUUAUUGGACACGUUGGAAAGUGUUGUUGGUGAACAAUUUAUGAUUUCUGUUAUCAAAAGUUUGGUUGGAAGUCAUUCGUCUUUUAAUUUGACCACUUUUACCAGUUAUUUUGAUCAAAUUCGGGUGGAUCGAAAUGCAACUGUUGGACAGGUAAUUGAUUUUUGAGAUCUAGAGGAUCUAGAGAUCUAGAUCUCCAGAAUUUUAAUAAAAUCUCUAUUUCCUAGAAGAUUUUAACCCGCUAAUCACGAUUCCACUGUCUAAAAUUGCACAACUCAACUCCUAACAUGAGUUAUGACGUGGCAAACACCGCGAUUUUAGGAGCUAGCUGAUUUUCAUGAAAAUCUGAUAGCCCCAAAAACACAUUUUUGAAAUUUUUCCCACAAAAAAACCUCUCCAAAAAAAAAAAAAAAUUUAUAUUCAAGUACUGUAGUUAGCGUUGUGUGUAAUUGUGCGUCACAGUGUAUGUGUGUGUGCUUUUCAAUUUGAAUUUAUUUUUUUUCUGCGAGUUUUUCGAAUUGAAUUUUGGGAAAAUCAUGAAACUAUUCAGGUCGACAAAAAAAGAACUUUUUUGACAUUUUUUUGCACACAAAAAUGAAAAAAAUAGGGAAAAAAUAUUAUUUUUUUGUCAAAAAAUGUUUAUUUUUUUCAACUUGAAUCACCAGCUGGUUUAAAUUGAAUUUUAAAAAUUCUAUCAAUUCCAGAUCUAUGAAUAUUGGUUUACCCAGGGUGGAUAUCCCUCAAUUCUGGUUGAAAAUAACGGACCAUCUUCCCGCCUUCAACAAUUAUCCAAACCACUUUGGCCAUUGAAAAUGACAUCGACGUUGUCGAUUCCACAAUUUGUAUUUUCCGAAUCGAUAGUUUUCGCGUCAGAAACCGCGCCGCUUUUGGUUAAUCUCAAUUUCACCUCGUUUAUGCGAGUCAAUUAUGAUUCAAUGACGUGGGCCGCUAUUUUUAAGUAGGUUUUUUUUUAGAUUUUCACAAAAAUGUUGUCUGUGCUAUAUAGUUGGACAUUGAUUAAAUGACAUUAUCAGGUUUUUUAAGCAAAUGAGUUGAAAUAUUGGGUUGUAAUGUUUUUGAUAUGAUAGAAUGGUCUAAGACGAACAGAAUGAUAUAAAUUUUGAUGACUUUACGUUAACCUUAAGUGAUUUAGCGACCUUAUCGACUAAAAAUCGCUAAAUCACUUAUGGAUAACGUAAAUUCAUCAUAAUUUAUAUCAUUUUGUUCGUCUUAGACCAUUCUAUCAUAUGAAUAACAUUAAAACCUAAUAUUUCAACUCAUUUUCUUGAAAAACACAUGAAAAUGUCAUUUAGUCGAUGUCCAACUAUGAAUACUCUGCUAUGAAAACCCGCCUCCCCAAUCCUGUACUUCAGCGAAGUUAUUUCCAGAUACAUGUACGAAGAGCCCGAACUCUUCUCCGCAGUUGGUCGUGCUCAACUCGUCUCCGAUUUCUGCUAUUUCUAUGCCCACGACAACAUCGAAAAUGGUCAUAUCAUCAAAGACGCGGUGAUGGAUAUGAUCUACACUCAACCGAAAUAUUUCGAAUUAUGCGAUUGGAAUUUGUAUUGGUGCAAUUCGAAAUCCGACAAAUCGUUGCUAUCGCAAAUUUUGCAAAGUCUCGCGUACCGUUUUUCGGCCUUCGAUUCUUCGUCCGAUUUUGGUUGCAAAAAUGGUCAGGCUGCUUAUAAUUUGAAUCAGAUGUGUGACAAAUUAUUCGGCAGGAAAUGCAUUUGA